AUGGGACCCCCUUCCAGCUCUGGCUUCUACGUGAGCCGCGUGGUAGCCCUGCUCCUGGCCGGGCUGGCUGCUGUGCUCCUGCUGGCGCUGGCCGCACUCGCUGCCCUGUACGGCCACUGCGCGCGCGUCCCGCCGUCGGAGCUUCACGACCGCGGGGACCCGCACGCCUCGCCCUCCCCCCCAGGCAGGCGAGAGCCGGCGCGGACCCAGAAGCCCGGCCCCACUCUGGAGACGGAGGUGGCGCCCACCCCGCGCAAUUGGCGACCCCCGGGGCCCUGGGACCAGCUGCGCCUGCCGCCCUGGCUUGUGCCGCUGCACUAUGAGCUGGAGCUGUGGCCCCGUCUGAGGCCAGAAGAGCUCUCGGCGCCGGCGUUGCGUUUCACUGGCCGCGUGAACAUCACCGUGCGCUGCAUCGCGGCCACCGCCCGGCUGCUACUUCACAGCCUCUUCCUGGACUGUGAAAGCGCCGAGGUGCGGGGACCACUGUCGCCGGACGCCGGAGACGCCACCCUGGGCCGCGUGCCGGUGGACGAGGUGUGGUUCGCGUUGGACAUGCAGUACAUGGUGCUAGAGCUCGGCGAAGCCCUGCAGCCCGGGAGCCGCUAUGAGCUGCAGCUCAGCUUCUCCGGCCCGGUGUACCAGGACACCAGGGAGGGACUCUUCCUCAAUCUCUACACGGACCAGGGUGAGCGCAGGGCCCUCUUAGCAUCUCAGAUGGAACCAACAUUUGCCAGGAAUGUUUUCCCUUGUUUCGAUGAGCCAGCUCUGAAGGCAACUUUUAAUAUUACAGUUAUACAUCAUCCAAGUUACGUGGCCCUUUCCAACAUGCCAAAGCUAGGUCAGUCUGAGAAAGAAGACGUGAAUGGAAGCAAGUGGACUGUUACUACCUUUCAUACCACGCCCCACAUGGCCACUUAUUUAGCUGCCUUUACCAUCUGUGACUAUGAGCAUGUCAGCAGGACUGAAAGGGGCAAGGAGAUACGCAUCUGGGCCCGGAAAGAAGCCAUCGCAGCUGGAAAUGCAGACUUUGCUUUGAACAUCACAGGUCCCAUCUUCUCUUUUCUGGAGGAUUUAUUUAAUAUUAGUUACCCUCUUCCAAAAACAGAUAUAAUUGCUUUGCCUACUUUUGACAACCGUGCAAUGGAAAACUGGGGACUGUUGAUGUUUGAUGAGUCAUUAUUGUUGCUGCAACCAAAUGAUAAACUAACAGAAAAAAAGACUGUGAUCUCCUAUAUUGUCUCCCACGAGAUUGGACAUCAGUGGUUUGGAAACUUGGUUACCAUGAAUUGGUGGAACAAUAUCUGGCUCAAUGAAGGUUUUGCAUCUUAUUUUGAGUUUGGAGUAAUUAACUACUUCAAUCCUAAACUCCCAAGGAAUGAGAUCUUUUUUUCUAACAUUUUACAUGGUGUCCUCAGAGAAGAUCACGCCCUGGUAUCUAGAGCCGUCUCCAUGAAGGUGGAAAAUUUCACAGAAACCAACGAAAUAAACGAGCUCUUUGACCUAUUUACUUACAACAAGGGAGCGUCUCUGGCCCGGAUGCUUUCUAGCUUCUUGAAUGAGAAAAUAUUUAUCAGCGCACUUAAGUCAUAUUUGGAGACAUUUUCUUACUCAAAUGCUGAGCAAGAUGAUCUAUGGAGGCAUUUUCAAAUGGCCAUAGAUGACCAGAGUAAAAUUCUUUUGCCAGCAACAGUAAAAAGCAUCAUGGACAGUUGGACACACCAGAGUGGUUUUCCAGUUAUCACCUUAAAUGUAUCUACUGGCAUCAUGAAACAGGAGCCAUUUUAUCUUGGAAAGGUUAAAAAUCAGACUCUUCUAACCCACAAUGACACAUGGAUUGUACCUAUUCUUUGGAUAAAAAAUGGAACUACACAGUCUUUAGUCUGGCUAGAUAAAAGCAGCAAAGUAUUCCCUGAAAUGCAAGUUUCAGAUUCUGAUCAUGACUGGGUGAUUUUAAAUUUGAAUAUGACUGGAUAUUAUAGAGUUAACUAUGAUAAAUUUGGUUGGAAGAAAUUAAAUCAACAGCUUGAAAAAGAUCCUAAGGCUAUUCCUGUUAUUCACAGACUUCAGUUGGUUGAUGAUGCCUUUUCCUUGUCUAAAAACAGUUAUAUAGAGAUUGAAACAGCACUUGAUUUAACCAAGUACCUUGCUGAAGAAGAUGAAAUCAUAGUGUGGCAUGCAGUUUUGGUGAACCUGGUAACCAGGGAUCUUGUUUCUGAUGUGAACAACCAUGAUAUAUAUCCACUAUUAAAGAAGUAUCUGUUAAAGAGACUUAUCUCAAUAUGGAAUACUUACUCAACUAUAAUUCGUGAAAAUGUGGCAACACUGCAGGAUGACUAUUUAGCUCUAAUAUCACUGGAAAAACUUUUUGGAACUGCGUGUUGGUUGGGUCUGGAGGACUGUCUUCAGCUGUCAAGAGACCUCUUCAGAAACUGGAUGAACCAUCCAGAGAAUGAAAUACCUUAUCCGAUUAAAAAUGUGAUUUUAUGUUAUGGCAUUGCCUUGGGAAAUGAUAAAGAAUGGGAUUUUUUGUUAAAUAUCUACAAUAAUAAGACAAAGGAAGAAGAAAGGAUUCAACUUGCUUAUGCAAUGAGCUGCAGUAAAGAUCCAUGGAUACUUAACAGAUAUAUGGAGUAUGCCAUCACUACAUCUCCAUUCACUUUUAAUGAAACAAAUAUAAUCGAAGCUGUGGCAGCCUCUGAAGUUGGCCGAUACGUUGCAAAGGACUUUUUAAUCAACAAUUGGCAAGCUGUGAGUGAAAGGUAUGGAACACAAUCAUUGGUUACUCUGUUAUACGUAAUAGGGAGAACCAUAAGUACAGAUUUACAAAUCUUAGAGCUGCAGCAGUUUUGCAGUAACAUGUUGGAGGAGCACCAGAGACUCACAGUUCAGGCCAAAUUACAGACAAUAAAGAAUGAAAAUCUGAAAAACAAGGAGCGAAGUGCCAGGAUAGCUGCGUGGCUACAGAAAAACACAUAAUUUAGUGGCAACUUUCGGCCCUUCUCUUGCAUAUUAUAAUGUACUCACGGUUUUGUCUUCCAACAUUCUGUGAGUCUGGAAUACCACACGUUUUGUUAUUCGUAUUUCAGUCACAUUUACGACUCAGAGUCCUGCUCUUCCCCUAUUGUCACGUUUGGCCCUGAGGCUCAGUGAUUGUUGAGGAUUUUGCCAAUAAUGCUGUAUUUCUGGGGAAGAUUUUGCUUCAUGUUGGGCUAUAAACCACAUGAUUUACUUUAAAUCCCUUGGAUAAACAAAUUUACUGUAGAAAGUUUUGCUUGUU